AUGUCGGACUACUCUAAGAUGAAGAAUGACGAGCUGUCGGCGCUCCUCAAGGAGCGCAAGCUACCUCACACCGGCAAGAAGGCAGAGAUGGUCGAGCGCCUGCAAAAAGACGACGAGAAGUCUGGCGACAAGCCUGCCGCUGGCGCUGAAGAUGAGAUUGACUGGGACGACGAAGCUGAUGAUGCCGUUGCUGCACCAGCUGCUACCACCACAGCGACAGAAGAGACCGUCAUUCCUAACGCAGAGAUUGUCGCAAACGCUGGAGGCGAAGGCCAGCCACCGAACCCGCAAGCCGUACCCAACCAAGUCGCCGACAUCGACCCUGCGCAAACCGACGACCUGACCAUCGAUCCGCCCGCGGAAGGCGCCGCCGAAGCCAGCACAGAGCCCAAGCCAGAAGAGAAGAAGGAGCCCACUCCUGAUUACACACGGGGUCUUGCUGCCACCAACCUCGACGAAGAGAUUGAGAAGCGCAAGAAGCGCGCGUUGAAGUUUGGUACCAAAUUCGAGGACGAUGAGGGUCUCAAGAAGCUGGAGCGCGCUAAGAAGUUUGGAGAGGUCGGUCCUCCCAAGGGUCUCGAUGAGGCUCUCCCAGAGCGCCGCGAGAAGCGCCAACGCGAGGCCGGUGGUGACGAAGCUGGUAGCAACAAGCGCCGUGAGGGGCGUCGCGACGGCGGACGAGACGGAGGACGAGACGGAGGUCGUACUGGAGGACGUGGAGGACGGAGAGACAACCGCCCUCGUAGCAGGGACAACCGCCCACGCGAGAACACACGCGAGAACAGGACUGGCGGUGGUCCUGGCGGAAGCUGGAUGAGCGAGAAGGAUAGGGCCGCUGCCGAGGCCAGGAAAGCCAAGUUCGCAAAGCCAACGGCUUGA